CUUUCCUUCAGAAGAUGACUGACAGUGAUUCUCGUCGGCCCGAUAUAUAUCAUGGCCCUCUCUCUCCAGAACCUCCAUAUGCCCCUUGAGCUGCUGCGCCUGAUUUUCGAGUGGGUCGCAGAGGAGGAUUUCGCGACCGCAUUGGUCUUGGUCCGGGUCUCAAGGGCGGUCCAGCGCUGGGUCGAGCCCAGUCUCUACUCGACGGUCCAGCUCUCCCGACCACAGACGAGCGGCGCGUUCAUUCGCACGAUCGAGGGCUCCCGAACGAAGCCGCCGAUGUUCUUCGCGGCCUACGUCAAGUCGCUGUGCAUCCUGUUCGACAUGCCCUCGGAACACAUGCUCAGGAUCACCUCCGUCUGCACGGGGAUCGACAACCUCACGACGUGGUUCCUGCCGUCACAGAGCCAGAUCUCCGCGCCCCCGCUCUCCGUCGCCCGCGCGCUUGCGGCGAUCCAGCCGCGCCGAAUAUCCGUCUGGCACGGGAUCACGCACCCGCACCCGACCGACCGCUACCCAUUCGAGGGCCCCGUCUUCAGCCGCGUGACGCACCUCAACAUCACCAACAUCUGGGAGGACUGGUCCCUGUGGCACUGGGAGGCGCUGCCCCCCACGCUGACGCACAUCUCGCUCGACCUCUCGUUCCGCGCCGGCCAGCCGCAGAGCGGGCGCAUCGCCGCUUCCGUGCGGCGGCUCCUCCGCGACUGCCGGAAACUCCGGGUCUGUGCCUUGCGGGAAGUUCCGCGUGGCUUGAUGUCCACGGCAUUGCUGCUGACCGAAAGGCCCGAAGCGACGAUCCGGGGUGCGCUGGUCUCCGCGCUUGAGGUGCUCGGAUGGAUGGACCCGCGCAUCGUCUUUUUCUGCAUCCCAGAUCCGUUCCAGCUCCGGAAGGCACAUUGCGAGUGGGAGGACCUCAAGUGGCGCGUCCUGGAGCAGGCGACGAAACAGCGCCUCGUGGGAGAUACGAGUGCGCUUGCAGGUAGCUCCAGGUCACAUUGCCUUUAGUUGUUGACAGCUGAUAAGAUUUCAGCGCGCGAUCUUGUGUUUAUCACCUGAAGAUGCUUGUGGUGGAUACCAGCCGCUCCUAAUAUUGAUAUUGCUGCUGCCUUGGAGAGCGACACAUGCUUAAUAUACUACAGAUAAUAAUAUACAACCCUACUGCGUUUGCAUGCCCAGCAAUUUCGUAUUGACUGGCAGAGACGGAUCCAACUGUUGAGAGUAUGCAUCAAUCAGUGGUAAACAUGCAUUUACCAGGCGCGAUCAAAUCGUGGUGCGCGCAUGAUCAACUUUCCGGAAAAUGGACGCAGCCGUGGGCUGGAAGAGAGGGGGGAUCUGCAGAUCCAGAAUCUCACCAAGUAUCACACCGAAUAUCUCCGGAGUACGAGCCCAACAUGGCAGCCACGGUCCAGAUCGAAUAAAGGGGAUGAUGAGGAAUAGACUCGUGCGGCCUUGAGAAAGCGGCCAUCUCUUGAACGCUGAUAACGAGGCCGAGAUAAACCGAUCCAAGUAAAUUGCAUGUUAGGAUUCCCGCACUGGGAACCGGGACCCUAGAAAACAAGAUGUUCUCAAAAGAAAAAUCUUCGCGACACGCUCGACGAUCUUACGGACGUAAUAUGCAAUCAGCAGGCGUACCCUGGUUCCCC